AUCUCGCGAGAUUCAAGAUGUCAGCUUCCAGUCAAAUAUUUUUUCGAAAUUAAGAUAAAAAAUAGAUGUAAAGUUUACGCUGUUUCUAACAAGUUGGACAUGACGGGGAAGUCUCCAGAAAAGACACCAGUGUCUCUAGUCAAUUUCUUUGUUUUUAAUUCUGAGUAUGGACCAAGAGAAGGAGAGGAAGAAAAGAAGAUAUUGUACUAUUAUCCACCAAACACUGAGUUAGAUAAGAAGAUCAAAGAUGUGGGUUUAUGUGAGGCAAUCAUCAAGUUCACAGAAACCUUCUCAGAUAACCCCUGUGAAGCUAUGCAUGCACAGAAAACUAGACAGGUCUUUCACCAGCCAGAAAAAGACUUCUGGAUGGUAUUGACAGUCAGCAUUCCAUCCAGUGAAAAAGAGAAAGAUGGGCAGAGUUACAUGGAGUUCCAUGAGGAUGAUGUGCAGGACUCGGUCUUUGAUGCUGUACUGAAACAAGCUUAUAGAAUGUUUAAGUUAUUUAUGGGAAGUUUUCAACACAUUUUAGAAAAAGGGACAGCUCAAAACUUGAAACAGAGGCUUGACCACUUUUUUUCAAGGUAUCUACAAACACUGAAGCUGAACCAAAGUGAUAUACUAGAUGUGUACUGUGGCAUUCACUUCCUGCCUCUUGACAAGAACACAUACCUCAAGAUACAAUGCCUCAUCAACUUGUUGGAAGCCACUUUCUUACAAGUGAAGUACACAGCAUUCCUUUAUAAUGACCAGUUAGUAUGGAGUGGUCUUGAGCAGGAUGAUAUGAGGUACAUGUACAAAUACCUGACAACAAGUCUGUUUCCAGCAUAUAUGGAGCAAGAAUUACAAGGAGGCAGUCCAUACAGUUCUUCUACUAAUGUGACUGGAGGACCAAGUACCAGCCACUAUGGGAAGUUUGUUACAGGUCCUCCAAGCCUGACUGAACCCCAAAACUUUGGUAAAAUUCCCAGGAUAUUUGUCAACACGGGUCGUCCUGAUGAGGAGUGCCAUCUUCUGGUCUACAGAGCAUUGAGUGCCACCGUCUGCAUGCUUAUAGAGGGUUCUUUCCAGAUACCUUUUGACUUCUUUAAGAGUUUAGACAGUUUUUUGGGUCCACAGUUGAGUUCAUUAGCAUCUGACAUAGGAGAACAGUAUGCAAGGAGACCACCAAGCACUGCAGAGCCCCUGUUCAAAUAUGUAUAUUUCAACUAUAUGAACCUUGCUCAGAAGACCACCAUCCAUGCCGACAGUAACAAGAAGACUGCUGGUAGUGUCAGUGUGCCACCAGACAUUAUGCGUUUGAUUGGGGACAUCAACGCUGACAUUUCCAGAUCAAGCAAUGAUGAUAAUGAGACAAUAGCCAGAACACAGACUGGAGACUACUGGGUAGUGGGCAAGAAGUCAGACCAGCGGGAAUUCUAUGUUGUCAUCAAUCAGAAAAAUGCCAACCUUAUUGAAAUUAAUGAGGAAGUGAAGAAGCUGUGCACGUCUCAUUUCAGCAAUAUUUUCUUUCUGGACUGAAAUCAAAAUUUCAGCAAUCAAGUGCAAUAUGUUUUUGUUAAAAAUGAGGAUAGAAAUUUGUCAUAAAAUAAUGAACUUCGAUCGGAUGAUUCAGUUGGCAAGGGACAAUUAUCAAGUAAAUCUCUUCAAGAACAGUCAGAACAAUAAUAUAUUCCUAAGGAUUAAUUACACACUAUGACAAUCUUUAUCUUUCAGUUAUAUUUAAGUUUUCAGGCCCCAUUCCCAUAGACACAAUUGGUCCACCUGGAACUGAACUCUGCAGGGAUUCUUGCUAAAUGCAGUCAGGUUAACAGAGUGACAUGCCUCCUCCUGGUGUCAAGUAGAAUACAGAAAAUCUGGUGAUUAUAGGAGUACCUUGGAAACAAGAGCAGGCAGGCCUGAUUGCAGUUAGCAAGAUUCCCUGCAGAGUUGGGUCAAUCCACAUGGACAGAUGAUGAUAUCUAUGUGAAAAGGGUCUCAUUUAUAUUUUGGACAGAAGGCUCAAUUAAUCCAUCUGGAAGAGAACAUACUAAAGAUCAAAAACUGGAUUUGGCAGAUCACUAAGAUGUGAUUAUUUUUUUAAAUAGGAGGACAUUACUGAUAUGAUAAACAUGAUUGUGCUCUGUGUUACAUUGUAAUUACAAUGGGAUUCAUGACCUUUGAUCUUUUUUUAAUGGAUGCUUUGGAUGCUUUCUCACCUAAUAAUAAAUUAUGUUUUGUCUAAAUAGACUUUUUGUAUGAAGGAUGGGUACAAACAAUGAAAAAAAUCAUCAAAUUGAUGGCACAUUUUUUGAUGUUAUAUUGCUUUUUAUCAUAGUACUAUUUUAGUAUUUUUUUCCAGCAGUAUCGUUUUAUCUAUGCCAGUGGGAAGGUUGUACUUUCAUCGGUAUUGAUUUGUAUGUGCCUUAGACAAUGGUUUCAUAAUUGUCAGUUCAUAUCUCUGACAAAGAAAAUAUAAAUCUGAAUUCAUUCAUCAUAGUUGAUCAACCACUGUAUCAAUUUGUGUCGCAGUGGCAGUGUUUCCCAAGGCUAACAUAAAGGAAGUCAGAUUUUAAUUUAAAGUCACCUUAUGGCCAAAGCAUAAGAUAUUGCAAUAAUUGAUCAAUUUAACACAUGCUUGAUAAUUGCCAAGUUAAAUUUUGUAUGAUGAAAGACUGUUUUGCCACAUUUUUUGAGUCUUCAUUUUUCUUCAGUAAAAUCAAACUUCUUGUCUGCCUAUAUCUGUAUUAAAUUAUGGAAAGUAAAAAAAAAAACAUAUCUUUUUACCUCA